GUGAGCUAUGUGGAUGUCCAGAUUGUUGAGGAGAACCCCAUUCUCUUCUACUGUGUCCAGCCCUCUGGGAAGAGGGACUUCUACUCGACCGAGUAUCUGUUCUUCAGGGAUCCUGCAGUUGUGGAGAGCUCCGAGCAGGCCCGGAUGGUGCACUCUACGCCAUCGAAGUUUCUGUCUACACGGUCAGGCUCCGAAAGAUCCACGCUUGUUCUGCACACCUUCAACGAAGACCAAUACAAGAACUUCAGCAGAGGCAGGGCUGUUGAAAACUUCGAGAUAGUGACGGUGUACAGCACAGUGCUUGGUGCGGAGCUGACGGACUCGGACCUGUACAUACACACGCCCAAUGGCAUUAUCCACUACACCAUUCUUGACUCGAAGAGGCUCAUGCUCAACUGCCGGACACAGGAGGUGUAUCAGAUGUACAGGAACUACGGCGAUGUUGAGUUUAUGGUCAGGUAUUUCCAGCUGCUGACCGAGAAUGAGGACGUGAGCAAGCUGGAUGGGCUGUGCAGGAACGACAGCAUUAGGAGCCAUGCUCUUUUUGUGUGGAUUUACACGCUAGUCAGGCCGGUGUGGCGGAUGGAUCUUAGCCAGCUGAAGGCCUCGGAGGAGUCCCUUGCACACGAGGCGGUCCUGGACGACGUCGUCAAGAAGUUGAAGAUCCUGAAGCAGAGGAUAUCUCCUGGAUACGACGCGGCCAGGGGUUUCAUAGACGAGUUCGUCCAGACGUAUUUUUAUAUUUCGCUCCUUCUAGACUACAACAUUCCGUUCAAGGAGACGUUCGAGUCGAUACUAACCCGAGACGGCGACUUCAAAACACUCUCGCUGAAGAGUCUUCUGGAUGCAUUUACCGCCAGCGAGUCGAUUGAGCCGCUCCUGAAGACAAUGCAGAAUGGCUGCCCGAUGUACUUGCCCCUGGAAAACAUUAAUCUGCAAAGAGGCCUGCAGCUGAUCAGAAAGGACGACAGGGAGUCGCUUCUGAGGUCGCUGGGCUUUCUCUCGCAGGCAAAGUUUGAUCACGGGGUAGUCCACAAGUUCAACGAGCUGCGGUUUUUCUACGGAAGUGUCUUCUUGAUCCGUGAAAAGUUCGACUUUGACUAUGAGACUGCAGUUUCGCUGUUUGCCGAGUCUGUGAAGUGCAAGAGGGCGCUUGAGCACGGGCUCGAGGAUGCCAGAGAGGCCUUUCUCUAUCCGUUCUUUGAAUCGGUGCUCCGCCUUGAGGCCUUUCUGCCCUGUGUUUGCUGCGACUCAACGCCUGGCUCUGUUGAUCUGCUGUCGAUCAAGAAUCCCAUGUUCAGCAUGUUUCUGAAGGAUCAGAUGCAUAAGAACGAGAGGGCAUGCAGCCUCUAUUGGAAGUACCUGUUGGUGCGGAACGAGAAGGUUGAGGCUGUCCAGUCUCUGAUCAAUCUUUCCCAGCGAGCAGAUCUGCCGCUGGCCAAAAAAGUAGACUUUCUGCAGACAGCGCUUUCGAUCUCCACAGGCACGCUUCUGAACUCGGAGGUCAAGCUCCGUCUAAAGCUGUAUGAAAUCCAGGCCGAGCUUAUGAGUAGAGUUCCGUCGCUCAGAACGCCUGUUCUCCUUGACUCAGACACGCUGUACAACGAUUACUGCCAGGGACAGAAUGACCUGAAGAUUAAGAUUCUUGAUGCCAUUGGCUUCCGAGACGAGAAGGUGCAGAAGGAUCUCUUUGAGGCGUACUUCAGAGACUUGCCUCUGCGUGAGUGCUUUCUUUUUCUUGGCGAGCUGUCGAACAAAAGGCUGGGCGUGGUUUUCGACAUUCUUGUGAAGAAGGUCAGGCCGUCGGAGAUGGACUUCUGUGGUGGAUUGGUCGUGGCCGGGUUUGAGUAUGACGAGAUUAUUAGUUUUGUGAAGAGUUCUCUCAGCUCGAAUGCCCACCCCGAAAUUAAGGUUGAGCUGCUGAAAAGCCUAAAGGUUUUCUCAAAGUUUGGCGAGUACAAGGAGUGUGAGAGGCUGUGCGAGAAGGACUUUGGAAUCAGGGUUUGCAAAUGA